CACCCAGGUUUUGGUUGGCAGACUGCCCCCGAACAGCGGAAGCGGUGAACUUUGCCACCCAACUCUACAACGAGCUCAUGGCUGUGCCCUACAUGGCCAAGUUUGUGGUGUUUGCCAAGAUGCAUGAUGGGAGAGAUGGCCGUCUGCGAUGCUACUGCAUGAGUGACGACAAGGUGGAUAAGACCCUGGAGCAGCAUGAGAACUUCACCGAGGUGGCUAGAAGCCGCGAUAUCGAGGUCCUGGAGGGAAUGCCGCUGUACGUGGAAUGUUCCGGCAACAUCGUGCCCGUCAGGAAGGCGGGCCAGCAACGCUGCUUCACUUUCCGUUCGUUCAAGGAGAACCGUCUGCCCAUCACCGUCAAGGUGCGGGAUGUUAACAAGGAGCCCACAGGCCACAUUUCCUUUCUCCGCAAACCAACAAAAUACGAAGAUAUCCAGCAAGUAAUCUGUAACCUGAACAUUACCAUGCCUCCCUGUACAAAG